AUGCUGCUCAACAAACUUAUGUGGCCAGUUCUAAGAAUAUGCUUCUCAGCAAUAAGACCACAAUCGCAAUCACUGAUUUUGACAAGAAAUUUAAUGAAAACUCAUAAAGGUGCUGCGAAAAGAUGGAAGAAAACAGCAACAAGUUUUAAAAGAGGAAAAGCUGGAAGGAAUCAUGGUAACUGUGGCUGGUCACGUAGAUCUCUCAAAGUGUUGAGCGGUAAAACUCUCGCUGAUGAUACCCACAUCCAGCGUCUAAAGAGGUUACUGCCAUAUUAA